UCAUUACAUUAGCAAUAGCAUCCAUACAAUAUAAAGCAACUGAUCUCUGUUCCAUUAAGACCUCUAUAUCUCUGCAAUAUCUAGAGAGAGAGGGAGGGAGAGAGAGAGAGAGAGAGAGAGAGAGAAGCAGACAUUCGGUGACUUGGUUCCACUCUUCCGAGGAACAGCACCCUCGUUGUGUCUCUCCCCUGUUCUGAAACAUUCGGUGGCCAUUCCGGCAUCUCGAGGGCGGCUUCAUCAGUACUAAGUCAACUCAGCCGAGAGCAGCCAGCUCGACGGAGGAGCAGAGCAGAUAAAUUGUGGGCUUUGCCUCGUCGCCGAACUCGUGGCUGAGCCAGUUUUUCGUAUACCAGUUUAGAGAGGUUGAGGAGUAGGUGAAAACCUCUGAUAUCAUAAGUGGGAUCUCAUGGCGGGGGUCGGAGGCAGAUUGAGGGGUUGGAAGUGUUUCGCGGUGAUAGUGGUCGGGUUCCUCGUUAUAGCAGCCCUUUUCGUUUCAGCAGAAGAGGGAACCGACAGAGACGCUCCGAGAGCCAAAACCGAUGACUCGCAGUCGCUCCUCACCAGCAUACGGAACUUCCUGUGGCAGAAAGGGAGAGUGGGCUACACACAUGUUUGGCCGGCAAUGAAAUUCGGAUGGAAAAUUGUGGUUGGAAGCAUAAUAGGGUUCUUCGGAGCGGCUUUCGGGAGUGUGGGAGGUGUCGGAGGUGGCGGUAUCUUUGUCCCCAUGCUUAAUCUUAUCAUCGGUUUUGACGCCAAGUCGUCAACUGCGAUAUCGAAAUGUAUGAUCAUGGGAGCGGCUGCUUCAACAGUGUAUUACAACCUUAAGCUGAGACACCCGACCCUUGACAUGCCCAUCAUUGAUUAUGACCUUGCCCUUCUUUUCCAACCGAUGCUCGUGCUCGGUAUCAGUAUUGGAGUUGCCUUCAAUGUCAUAUUUGCCGACUGGAUGAUCACGGUCCUGCUGAUCAUCCUCUUCUUAGGCACAUCUACGAAAGCAUUCAUGAAGGGUGUCGAGACUUGGAAGAAGGAAACCAUACUGAAGAAGGAAGCGGCAAGGCUCUUGGAAUCAAAUGGGAAUGGAGCUGAGGACGUAGAAUAUACGCCCCUUCCUGGAGAACCGGCCAAUGGCAAUGAAACGGAGGCCCCUGAAACUAAACGAACAGAGGUCUCUAUCAUUGAGAACGUUCGGUGGAAGGAAUUUGGAAUCCUUUGUGCAGUUUGGGUGAUCAUCCUUGGUUUGGAAAUCGGGAAGAAUUACACUACCACGUGUUCUGCAUUAUACUGGGUAUUGAACCUGGGGCAGAUACCGGUGGCAGUAGGAGUGUCGGGUUACCAAGCAGUGUGCCUGUACACAGGGAAGAGAGUGAUUGAAUCGAAGGGAGAAGAGGGCACCGACUGGAAAGUUCAUCAGUUGGUUCUGUACUGCUUAUGUGGGAUGGCUGCUGGUAUGGUUGGUGGGUUGCUUGGUCUCGGUGGAGGGUUCAUUUUGGGUCCACUUUUUCUCGAGCUGGGAAUUCCUCCCCAGGUAUCAAGUGCCACUGCUACUUUUGCUAUGACAUUUUCUUCAUCCAUGUCUGUCGUAGAAUACUACCUUCUUAAACGUUUCCCUGUUCCAUACGCUCUUUAUUUCAUUGCUGUUGCCACAGUCGCUGCCUUCGCAGGGCAGUAUAUUGUGCGGAGGAUAAUCACCAUUCUCGGGAGAGCAUCUCUCAUCAUUUUCAUCCUCGCCGGAACAAUCUUUAUCAGUGCAAUUUCUAUCAGUGCAAUUUCACUAGGUGGAGUCGGUAUAGCAAAAAUGAUUGAAGACAUAGAGGAACAUGCCUAUAUGGGAUUUGAGAACCUAUGCACAUAUGGUUCUUGAAGAAGAUAGUAUCGCCGCCUUCGCUUUCACCUAAUUUCCAGUUCAAUUUUCUUUUUCCCAGGCUAAAUUUUUCGCUCUGUAUUUCGUACCGCUCCUGAAGUUUCAGGACGAACCCCGACGUGUUUCCUUUCUUUUCCGCCACACAUUAAGGAUCUUAUUCUUAGACUUGAUAAUUUAAUCAUCCGUCUUGGUUUCGUGCU